AAUAGCUUAAUUUGUCUAUUUUCAAAUUUUUGAAUUUCACGGCCCUUUUCAAUAUGGCUGCGCCAAAGGCCGGCUGCAAGUGUAGUGAUCAUGAUGUUUGGAUUAUUCUUUCUCAAGAUGAAAGUAAAUCAGUUUGUCAUAUUGAAAGAUCCAAAGUGAAGCAAACAGUUGUUAAUUACUUGAAAUCACACAAUUAUUUAUCCGAAAGAUCAAGCUAUCUUUGUAAAGCAUGCAUUAAUAUGGCAGAAUACCUUAUGAAACCAAAACCUGAAGAUGUUGAAACUAAAGGACAAAGAGAGCAUGGGUUGUCAUGUGAUAGCUUGGAGACUGACACAUUUAUAGCAUAUUUGUUAAAAUCCAAAGUUUUAACUGACCAUGUACCAGAUUCAAAAUGGUCACAGUUAUUUUUUUAUCUUGGGAAAAGAGUUCUUUUGUAUAAAAUACAAAAAGAUGGAGAAUAUUUAAGUACAAAAUACAAAGAUGCAUCUUAUUUGCAAACACAAUCCAAUGGAAUUUAUACUUCAGAGAGAAAAUAUUCUAGUUUCGUUUGUGGAAGGAAUUUCAGGUCGGUACAUUAAAAAUGAACAUAAUUCUGGUAUAAUUUUCUAUUUGGCUACCCUGAUCGAAAACAUAUACUACUUGGCAAAUUUAAAUUGGAUAUUUCCACAUUCAUUUGUUUCAAAUCUGGUAAAGUCGUGUAUUUCUGGAUCUAAAAUAGUAACAACUAUUAAUGGUAAGAUUUAUCCAGCUGGCAGUUAUUCUUCAUAUUUAAAUUGGCUAAAGGAAAUUGGUAGAAAUAAGUUGGAAUGUCCAAGCGGAGACAUAGAAACCUACAUUGACAAUAUUGGAAAAUACAUAAUUCGCAACUACCGUAUUUCGAAGACGAAAUCAGCUUUGGCUGAUAUUAUCACAUCAACGCUGUAUAUAAGUUUAAUGGGCAAUAUUCAAACCAUUGAAUCGUUAAAACCAUGCUACUGGAGUACCGAAAAAACACUUGGGGAAAUCCAAGGAAAAAUGGAUGAAAUCCUUCAAAGUUCACGCAAAGUUUUCAGAAAAGUUCGUUUCAACUACAUUAGCCAAAUGAUUGAACAGUACAAAAAUGAAACAAAUGAAAUCACUAAAAGAAUUUCAGACCUUAUUUUACUUCAAAAGCGCCAGUGUACAAUUACGGAUUGUGGGAAGGCAUAUAAGAAUUGCAAGCGUGUUUGUGAUGCGUGUGGGUCAGCAGUUAAGAAAGUCAAUGAGGAACAACAGAAAUCUUGUCAAACAACUUCAGUUGGUAACAAGUAUUUAAAUCUUGGUCAAAAAAGUGCUUGUAAUAAACCAUCAAUUCAAGUUGGAGAGCCAAUAUUAUUAAACCCCAACAGUUAUGACAACAUUAAAUCAAUUCUUAGUCAACUUAAAGAAAACCUUGCUGUAUCUAAAAGUAGAUUCUGGACAUACGUUGGAUGUGAUGGAUACGUUGGAUGUGAUGGACCACCUUAUGUACUUGCUAGCAGGCUUAUUGAUGAUAACAAAGAAGAUUAUGAUUGGAUUACUUUUACUUCCUGGCUUGGGACAUUUAAAUAUGAAUCAGGUAUACAAAUACAUUUUUAUGCAAAAGGGGACUGAACUAAAACAAACAAAUAAAAAAAAAAUGUGUAACAUAACAAUCUUUCAAUAUAAAAUACUUUCUGUUUUAAAAAAUAUUUACAGUAUACUUCAUGAAUAAUAAAUAUAAAAAAGCAAUGUUUAAAAAUGUAAUCAAACUUAUGCUGUUUAUCGUAAUAAUAAAUAAAAUAUAUUUACAUGUUAGGUGAAAGGUUUCUUUAAGAUAUUGGACCAAAUAUGUUUGGAACCACUUGGCCGUGAUGUGUUAAAUUUUAACUCUCCAAAAGCGUAUACCUACUUUAAAGAUUGUACAGAUAAUCACAAGGCAUGGGAAGCCUUUGAA